GCCAGACUCAGACAGCAAACGACAAUCUGAGACUAACAGGAGCUAACAAGAAGAUCGAAUUUACUUAAAUACUGCAACUGAGAGCGCCGGAAAAUGUGUAGAGGAUUAGCUGCCUUGCCCCAAACCUGCCUGGAGAGGGCGAAGGAGAUCAAGUCAAAAUUGGGCAUUUUACUGCAAAAGCCUGAAAAUGCCAUUGACCUCAUCAUCCCCUACCCUGAGAAGACUGAGAAAAAGCCGGAGAAGCAGCAGAAGCCGACUCCUGAUGAGGCUGCUCAGUGGCGUGAGGGUCUGGACAGAGUCCUGAACAACAGCUAUGGUGUUUCUGCUUUCCGCAGCUUCCUCCAGUCCGAGUUCAGUGACGAGAACGUUGAGUUCUGGGUGACCUGCGAGGACUUCAAGAAGAUCAAGAACCCCGUGAAGAUGGCAACCAAGGCCAAGAAGAUCUACGAAGACUUCAUCCAGUCUGAGGGGCCAAGAGAGGUGAAUAUUGACCACUUCACCAAGGAUGUGACCCUGAGGAACCUGGUGGAUCUGUCCCCUGCGACCUUUGACCUGGCCCAGAAGAGGAUCUUCGCCCUGAUGGAGAAAGACUCCUUCGGGCGUUUCCUCCGCUCUGAGCAGUUCCAAGAGCUCCUGGUCAACUAAGCCGGAGCAGUUCAUGCAGGAUGGGGUUUUGGGUUUCAAACAGCAGUCAGUAAA